GAGUCUUAUUGUUUAUUUGCACAGCCCCGUCGUCUCGCGCGAGUAAUGUUUUUGAAAUCUCACUAGUAAUUUCUGCGGUUUCUGCGUUUGAACUUAACGUUACUUAUUUAUCUCCACCUCCACCGUCUUCAAGCUGCCAAGCUCAGAGACCGACAGAAAUGAUGCCGAAUGAUGGGGAACCGACAUGCGUUGCAGCAAUCAUGAACAGUUUUAAACGAAAGGCCUCUCCGAAUAGGUUAGUGGUAGAUGAAAGGAACCGGCCCGCAUCGGCUGUGGCUACAAAACUUGACUUUGACAGAGGGAAUUUAGACCUAUCAAAUGAGGAGGUGGAUGGAAAUGUAAAGAAAAAAAAGUUAAGUCUUCAUGAAUCACCAUCCUCGACCAGCGCCUCUCUUCUUGAUACUACCAUCAUUGAGUCUCCGUGGGAACAACGGCAGCUGAAAAGACAGCUAAUUGAUGCGAAGGCCAAAAUAACAGCUCUGGAAACACGAGUUGGUCAGCUUCAUGCUCUUCGACGAGAACUUGAAGUGGUGUUUGAAGCAGAAAAGAAUAGUCUUUUACAGCAGCAUGGAAGAGAUGAAACCAGGAUACACACACUAGAAAAUAGAGUAGCUCAGCUUAGACGGCGGGAAUCUGAUCUCCGCGACGGUAAUGUUAACAAACUUCGUGAUCUUGAAGACCAGAAUUCACGCAUGGAACAAAAAAUUAUUAAUCUACAAAAAGAAAAAUCUCAAUUAACCGAUGACAUUUUUGAGCUCAAGCGCAAAGUAAGAAGUGCAGAAAAUAAAAAUAAUGAUUAUGAUGCAGAGAUUCAAAAAUUAAAAUCAUUAAUUAGCUUAAAUCAAGAAGAAAAGCAGAGGUCGUCUUUAUCAAAUGACACUUCUCUUCUCACUUCCCAAAAUGAACGCCUCACUUUUGAAUUGAGAGAAGCCCAGCGCGCCAUCAAGGAUUUACAGUGUCAAUUGGAAGAUAGCAAUGAAGCUGUUUCUAACGUUAAAGCACAGCAUGCUAAGCUCAUAAAGAUUCCUGAAAUGGAGCGAGAGAUUGAAAAUCUGAGAAGUAAUGUUGUUAAAUUAAGGGAUGCAGUUCAUAAUAAACUUCUGUUGGAGGAAGAAGUGGCUGACCUUCGUCAAAAGUGUGCCUCUAGUGAUGAUCGAAUACAGCGUCUUGUACAAUUAGAAGCUCAAAAGCAACUUCUAGAAAAUAAACUUGAAGACUGGAAAGGGCUAGUAAAAGACUUUUGUUCCUCAUCUAGCAGUAAUGAUGGUUGUCCCAGCUUAAUCCGAAAGCAUCUUCAGGAGAUGCAGCAGUCUGAGCUACUUCUCUCCUCUGAAGUUGCUGAUCUACAAACUAAAUUGAAAUCUAGCUCAAGUCAGUUAUGCAAAGCACAAGCUGAAGUAUCAAGGCUUACACUUGAGGUUUCUCGAUUAAAAACGACCCAGGAGCAGCAGGGAAACCUCAUUAGACGCUGGCAAAAAAAAUUGGCUCUAGUCAGUGGGGAAAGAAAUAGUUACCGAGAGCAAUUAGAUUCUUAUGAAAAAGAAUUGACAAUGGCAGUGUCCAGUCAACAACAACAGACCUUAAGACCACGCAUUGAGGCACUUGAAAAAUCUGUGGAGGGUUACCGAGAGCUUGUUGAGAAUUUGGAAGCAGACUUAAUUUCUGCUUUAGGUCAAGGUGGAUGUAAUGGCUUACUUGAGAGGCUUCGGCAGAUAUCUGCUGAAAGAGACGCCUUAACAGAAGAGAGAUCAGUCCUCCAAAAACGUGUUGACGAACUUCAAACUCAAAUGGAACAUCAAGUUCUUAAAGGAGAUUUUAAACCACCUUCUACAAGAGUUCUACAUUUAAGAAUGAAUCCAGUGACAACUGCUGAAGAAGAAAGAGAGAAGGAAAUGGCAAUAUUGAAGGCAGAGGUUGCAAAGUUAAGAGAAAGAGUUAAAAUUUUGCAAGAAGGUGAAAGAGAUGAUAUAACUUGCAAGGUUGACAAGCGCUUGGUUACCUCUAAUUCCCAAGAAGUGCAAGAACUCAGAGAACAAAUCAAAUCUGCUGACCUGAUGAUGCAAAGGUUAAAAGAAGCCUUCAAGAAAACAAGUUCAGAGUUUCGGGAAUGUGUAUAUGCUUUAUUAGGCUACAAAGUUGACCGCCUACAGAACAAAGGAGGCUUGUUCAGGCUGUCGAGUAUAUAUGCAGAGUCUCCCAAUGAUUACCUUUUAUUUAAGUUGGAGGAGGACUCGACAUUUAACUUAUUAGAGACAUCAUUUUCUGAAUCGGUUGGGGAUCUAAUUGACACGCACCUUCGUCAACAAGGAUCUCUCCCAGUAUUUCAUGCUGCAGUGACCAUGGAUCUUUUCAACCGGCAAUCUAUGAUGGUACCAUCUGCUUCUGCAGAUGACGACGAUGACGACGAUCCUGUUGUUGUAUUAGAUUAAAUAUGUUUUUUUGUCUUUGUAACUUUAUUAUAUUUAUGUACAUGUGAUAUCAGAAUCAUAUUCUUAGUUAAGUAAUGAAACAAACAGUAGUCUGGCUGGUUUUUAUUUAUUUUAUUAAUAAAUAAAAUUAAAAUUGACAACAGUAAAACAAGGA